AUGUCUCUCCAACAAGUGAAGCCAUCGGCCAAUGGUGGCCAGCAUGACCACACCCUGUGUGCAAACCGCAAGACCGAAACGGCCAUCCUCCACGCCAAACUCGACACCGUCCCACCAACAAUCGUCAACAGUCGAGGGAUCUACCUAAUCACAGAAGACGGACGCGAAAUCGUUGAUGCCAGCACCGGAGCAGCCGUGGCAUGUAUAGGACACAACAACUCGCGAGUCAACGCGGCCAUCAUGAGCCAACUCAACAGCUUCGCCUACAUCUACUCGCCGUUCUUCACGAGCAAGAUAUCCGAGAAGCUAGCGAGAGCCCUGAGCGACUCCACGCAGAAUCAGAUGGCAAAGGCCUUCAUCGUCAGCUCUGGCACCGAGGCGAUUGAAGCCGCCCUCAAGAUGGCCCGCCAGUACUUCCUAGAACUCCCCGAACCUCAAACCGAACGAGCCCACUUCAUCGCCCGUCGACAGUCCUACCACGGGAACACGCUAGGCUCGCUAUCCGUGGGAGGACACUUUGGCCGCAGGGCGCCAUACGCGCCCCUCCUGACGGGAAAUGUAUCCCACGUCUCGCCAUGUUACGCCUACCGUGGGAAGACGCCCGGCGAGAGCGACGAGAAUUUUGUCGCACGACUCGCACAGGAACUGGAAGAUGAAUUCCAGGCUGUCGGACCGAACAAAGUGUGCGCAUUCGUUGCGGAGACUGUCUCCGGCACCACACUCGGUUGCGUCCCUCCCGUACCGGGAUACUUCCAAGCAAUGCGAGCAGUCUGCGACCGGCACGGGGCUCUCCUGAUCAUGGACGAAGUGAUGUCCGGGAUGGGCCGAUGCGGAACCCUGCACGCCUGGGAGCAGGAAGGGGUGGUGCCAGACUUACAGACCGUAGCCAAGGGCCUCGGAGGCGGCUACGCGCCGAUCGGGGCCCUGCUGGUCAACAAAAGGGUGAUAGAUGCGCUUGAGAAAGGCUCGGGGGCCUUCAUCCACAGCCAGACAUACCAGGGCCACCCGGUGGCAUGCGCAGCCGCAUACGAAGUGCAGCAGAUCAUGCAAGAAGAGAAUCUCCUAGAAAAUGUGCGCGGACUGGGACCCUACAUGGGGACGUUGUUGCAGGACAAGCUGAGCGACCAUCCACACGUCGGCGAUAUCCGAGGGAGGGGGUUCUUUUGGGGGGUGGAGUUCGUGAAGGACAAAGCAACCAAGGAGCCAUUUCCAGUUGAGCAACGGGUCGCGCCGACGGUGUUCAAGACCGGGCUGGCUGAUCACUCGAUUUCCUUCAUCCCGGGUACGGGAGUCGCCGAUGGGAAGAAUGGGGAUAUUAUUCAAAUCGCACCGCCGUACAAUGCGACUCGGGCGGACAUUGAAUUGAUUGUGGAGAGAACGGCACGGGUGGUGCGACAGGUGCUGGGAUAA